AUGGCGAUGACCCUCUGGUCCGUGGACGUCAAGAGCGGCGAGACCGUGUGGUCCGGGCGCGUGCUGGAAAGCCGCCGCGGCGCGGUCACCGGCGUCUCCCUCGUCGGCCCGCCGAGCGACGGGAGCGUCGUCGUGGAAGCCUACGUCAAGAACGCCAGCGGGGACCACGCGUUCACACUCGCGUGGCUGUCCUCCGAGAGGCCCCGCGCGGAGCUGCCAUGCCCGGUUCUGGUGAUGGACUCCGAUUUCUUCUGCUCUCGCGUGAUGCGGCGGGGAGGCGGCCCCGCUGGCGAUGAGGCUGUCGCCGUUCGGAUUGAUGGUCACUGUAACGAUCAUCCGCCGCUGUCGCUGUGGGAGGAGUUGGAGGAUGAAGAUGACGAGGCCGAGGAUGAAUACUCGACACUGCACCGUAGGAAGUACGGCCCCGAGGGGCAAUUCGUUGGAGGUUCGGCGCCGCGGUUCGCCUGCGCCGGGAGCACAGUCGGCGUCAUGCGGGUCGCCGCCGUGGAGAGCCAAGGCGGAGACGACAGCAAGCAGAUCUUGGUGCUAUACCGCUACACACGCUUCAGGGCAUCACCGGACGGCGUGGAACGGCGAGGGUGGCCGACGGAGCACCAGCUCCGGUUCAUCGCCACCGGCGACCACGCGGCGAGGUCGCUGGCGUGGGCCGGAUCGUCUCUGGCCCUGCUGAUAUACCCCGGUUUCUUCAGCGAGAAGCUUGAGAAGAGCAAGCAGCUUGAGGAGAGCAGGAAGCUCCGGGAGCUAUGGUCUAGCUUGACGUCGCAGGUGAGCGUCCCGCCGGGAGCAAGACGCAUUGAGGUGUUCGUGGACGUCGGCAACCUCCAGCGGGCGGAAUACACGCCGGAGAGCAUGGGGCACAUGUACGCCGCGCUGGAGAGCAUGGUGGCGGGCGCGUGGCCCGAGCGCUUCAUCGGCAUGGAGUUGCACUUGCCGGAGCCGGUACGGUGCGGCGCGAAAGGCGAAUUAGCCGACGAUGACGAUAGCGGCAGAAACGCAGAGGAGCGGCCGGCAAAGCGGAGGAGGGUAGACGUCGCUGGGGAGGAUUGCCCCGUCUGCUUGCAGCUGCUGGAGGUGGAGGGCGACGACCUCGCCGCGUGGCCCGGGUGCAGCAAGCCGCAUGUAUUCCAUGGCGCGUGCUUGGAGCGCGCCCUCGUGGAGAGCGUCCGGUGCCCGAUGUGCAGGCACAAGCUGUACAUGGAGCCCAAGCUAGAGUGA